CCCUUCCUAGGCUCAGCACAGAGUUAAGACCCUGCUUGUUGAUAAAGUAAAUAAGACCAUCCAUCAUGGCGGUAGAGACACUCCGAGAAAACACAUUUAGCCACAGCGGCGACAAGACGACCUUCUACUGGUCUACCGGCCCAGCCGACGGACCCCUGGUCAUCUUCACCCACGGAUGGCCGUCCAACGCUGAGUUCUGGAAGCAGCAGCUUCUGGCCUUCGGCUCGCUGGGCUUCCACGCCGUGGCGCCGGACACGCGUGGCUACGGCCGCUCCAGCGUGCCCAAGGGCGACGACACCGAGUACCGCUUGGAGAAGCUCGUCUCGGACAUGCUGGCCCUCCUCGCGCACCUGAAGCGCGACAAGGCGGUCUGGAUCGGCCACGACUGGGGUGCGAGUCUGACCUGGUCGUUUGCCGCGAUGCACCCUGACAAGUGCGUUGGGGUCAGCUGCAUCUCGGUGCCGUACGGUGUCCUCGAGUCCGGUGGCAUCGACAAGUUGGUCUCGCUGUCGAACCGGGAUAUUUACCCCGAGGACCAGUACCCACUUGCCCAAUGGGACUACCAAGCCUUCCACGAGGAGCAGCCCGAGAAGAGCAGGGCCCUGCUCGAGGCCAACGUGGCCAACACGAUCAAGGCACUGUACAGGGCCAGCGGUCCCGAGGUCUUCGGCAAGCCUGCCUUCACCGCAACGACACGGAAGAGCGGCGGCUGGUUCGGCCCCCUCACAGAGGCCCCCGAGACGCCCUUCGAGACGUGUCUCUAUGCCGACGACAAGCCCGCCUUCGACCGGGUCGUGGCCGAGUUCGAGCGCAACGGGUUCGAGGGCCCCAACGCCUACUACCUCAACCACAAGGCCAACGGCGAGUGGCUCAGGGGCGCCCCCAACGGCGCGGUCCUCGAGUUCCCGGUCUUGUUUGUCGAGACCAAGUACGACACGGUCUGCGACACGGCGCUGUCGCGGCUGGCGGAGCCCAUGAGGGAGCUCUGCAAGGACCUGACCGAGGUCAGCCUCGACUGUGGCCACUGGGCCUGCCUGGAGAAGCCCCGCGAGCUCAACGCGGCGCUGGUCAAGUGGGUUGCCACGAAGCUCCCGGGCUACUUCCCUGGCGGAAAGUGAUGACGGGUCACUGGCUCACCUGUGACGUCUCCGGCCUCGAACCUCGCGCUGCAGUUUAAGCCGCGGUUCCGAGCUUGCAUAGCUAGACUGCUCGCAAUGAAAGCCUUCUCGUUGAAAACACAUCCCUGUGAUGAG